CUGCAAGAGUCAACACCGUGGUCUUCUUGGUGAAUGUACAACCACUCUGUUUCACAGUGAUUGUAUGCAUAACUUUGAGCUGGUACUUAUAUCUCACACGAGCAGUGGAAGACAUACAUCUAUAGCCACGUAUAGCGGGUUACAUUCAUAUUCACCGUGUUAUACCAGCAACUAGAGAGCCACUGAGAGUGUAACAGCAAGGUUUAGCUUAUACGCAAGAUACGACUGCCUCGGGGACAAUUCAUUUGUGUAUAUCCAUUCAUCGCGUACCACUUGAUGUUCACAAUGUGUAGAGUUCUUGUAGCAUCUGUUUUAUUUAUGCUGUUGAGCGGCCCCGUUGUAUACGCUUGGUCAUUGCAGCAGCUGACUAUGAAAUCAAUGGACAAGGUACGACAGAGGCAACAGGAGUUGGAAUUGGAGGAUGCAGCAUCCCUGCUUUCCGUCAUGUCGACGUCUUUUGAAAGCGGACCAGGGACGGACACCACUGAGGUGGAUGGUAUGGCAAGUGAGAUUAUGGACAAACCCGCAGAAGGAGAGGUGCGUCAACGACACCAGCGAGAACGAGAUGGACGACGUGACGAUGGCGAGAGUACGGGUAUCGACAUUAGCUCGUCGACGAUUCCCGCGUCUGCAUUUCGAAGACUUUCGUCUUCUGCACCUAGUAAAAGUAGGCACAAUCACGGAGCAGCCAGCAAGGCAGAGGAAGAUUCGAGUGGAGACUCGGCAGAUGUUGCCACGGAAAAUGAAAAUGAGCAAGGACAAUUUGUCAGCGGAUUGGAAGCGUUUAUGGAAGAGAUUGAAAUUAACCCAAUUCUGAAUCCGCUCGACUUUUUGCAAAGUGGCGACGAAGGAAUGUUACUUCCAUUAAAAGCGAGGCAACUGAAGCGAGACUGGUGUCUCGGUGCUGUCUUCGAGCAAGAAAUCAAACACGACGGCUGUAAAAGCGUCUUUGUGAAAAACAAACUCUGUUACGGACAGUGUGGCUCCUUCUUUGUUCCUAGGGCAAAACACGGACAUUUCGAGUCAUGCAGCUAUUGCACUCCUGUUAGGUCGCGAGUGGAAAUUAUUUCGCUUACGUGUCCGGGGAGGGCGAACAGAGUGAAAAAAGUUGAAAUAGUUGAGAGCUGUGGGUGCAGGCCGUGUGGACAUAGGUACAUAUAACUAAAGCACAUAUAUUUAUAGAUUUAUAAGUCUUGCAUUUUUUAAAUAUAAGUUGUAAGAUAAAUUAGUAAUAUUUGUUCUUACUUAUUUAUCACGCGGUUGAACAACACCCGACACUGGACUUUGCACGAGUUCUAUUUUUUGAGAAAACAAAAUAUUAUGUGACGUUUUGUUCUUGAACAAUAGCAUAAUUAUUUGCCACCAGGCGCUUCAGAAGACACGACCCGACAAACCAUUUCCCUUGCACAAACAUGUAUGGUGGCACCGCCUCCAAGCGUGCUUCGUGAACCAGGCGAUUCCAGUUACGGGUGUGGGAACCAUGACCGUUAUUAUAGAGUAUAUAAUGCAGCUUUCGGAUUGUCACAAUCCACACGACAUAACUACAACAGUAGCACGUCAGCAAGAAUUAGCAGCCUUAUAGGCGUCUUUUCUCGACGCAUCGGACAUGAGAAGCAAAACUACAGUGCCUAAUACAUGUUAAUUAAUGUAUUAUUUAUGUAUAUUUACCCCCAUGGACGUGCUCGUGCAUUUAUUUUAUUAUUAUUUUGUGAUUUCCCCUGAGUAUGCACCAAUGGCACUGCCAUUCAGCAUCAACGAUGUACACAUAGUCACUAUUUAUUAAACCCAUGUUCACAGCCGGAAAGUCAGAAGGAACAAAAACGAAAGUCGCUGUAUUACUUUUGUCGUGUGGUACAACAGACGUUGUAAAGGCUCGCACAAUAGACAAACGAGUUUCCAAUGAAAAAAAAAA